AUGUCGAAAUCUACCUUUUUACAGAAAGAAACUGCGCCAAUCAAGCGAGGAGAAUCACCCUUUACCAAUCCCCUUCCCGAAAAGGAUUACCUGGCACCCUGGCGUAGUUGUCGGGCCAGUAUGCUGUCCACCUCGAGCGACUCCAACGACAGUCCACUGAACCAGCGAGGGCCCUCUGCCUCCUCCCCCUCACCUACCUCGUCCACUUCAAGCAGUCCCCAGCGCAGUCUCCUCGGUCGAGGUUCUAAUCUGCCUAAAAGGAUGGGCAGUUUGGUGAUCUUUCGUGUGCAUGCCAGCAUUACAGACGAUGUCCAAAGUCUGGUUGAAUUUAUUGCUGCCUUAUUGUCCGACCAGGAAGCGCCGGACUCUGCGUUCAAACCAUCAGGCGGGAAACUCUCUUCGCCCAGCUCACUAUCUUCAACCACUCAGGGUAGGCGUUCUCAUUUUGUCUGGGACCGUUUUACGCUUUUUUACUUUGCAUGCACUGCCUAUCCAUAUACGGUAUUGCUAUUCUUGCCUUGUGACAAUUACCAGCACCUCUAA